AUUGUCCGCGGCUGAGGUGAAGCGGUCGCCGGGGCGGUGGGAUUAUUACUGUUGCCGCUGCCGCUGGCCCGGAGGGUAGGGAGAACGGGCGGGGAGAGGUGGCGCCUACACCUGCGGCUGGCUCGCCGCCAGGGCAGGUCCCUUGGCCCACCUCUGCCUUCGCGGAGGCGCUGGAUCGGCUGGGCGGGCCCGGAUGAGCCCGGCGCGUCGGGCCUUUGUCCCCCGGGCGGGAACCCCAAGCUCACGGCCGAGCCGGGCCGAAUGUGAGCGCAACAAAAGCCGAACGCCCUCGGCGAAGCGAGCGCGAGCUUGUCUAGCUGCCCGCGGAGAGCAGGGGUCACCGGCCAGCAGGGGUGGGAGGCCGGCGGCUGCGAACCAGGUGGGUUUUGCAGUUGGUUUUCAAUAAUCACCCAAGUCCACUGCUCCUGGGCAAGCUUCUGGUGGAUUAAUCCUGCGAGAUGGCUGCCAUCAACCCGUGGGGUUCAUGGGGUAUCUAUAUGGACCAGUCCUGGGGGAUGACGACUGUUGACCCAUGGGCCUCCUGGGCUCUGUGCCCUCAGGACUCUACCUGGCAAGUGGAGGAGACUGCUGAGGAGAGAAGGAGGGUCCCAGGGCUCCCAACAGCCCAGGCCCAGGAACCAGUGACCUUCAAUGAUGUGGCUGUGGACUUCACACAAGAGGAGUGGGGGCAGCUGGACCUUGUUCAGAGGACCCUGUACCGUGAUGUAAUGCUGGAGACCUAUGGGCACCUGCUGUCUGUAGGGAAUCAGAUCACCAAGCCUGAGGUCAUCUCCCUGUUGGAGCAAGGAGAAGAGCCAUGGUCAAUGGAAUCAGCAUAUCCUCUUCAAGGCACUUGUCCAGAAUGGAUGAAAAAUCUUGAAAGCAAAGCGUUGAUCCCAACACAGAACAUACUUGAGGAGGAACGGUCCCAUAGCAUGAAGUUGGAGAGAUAUAUAUGGGAUGAUCCUUGGUUCUCCAGGUUAGAAGUUUUGGGAUGUAAAGACCAAUUAGAAAUGUAUCACGUGAACCAGAGUACAGCUAUGAGGCAGAUGGUCUUCAUGCAAAAGCAGAUACUGUCUCAAAGAGGCUCUGAGUUCUGUGAACUUGGAGCAGGGUGUAGCCAGAGCUUAAGCAUUGUUCCAUCUCAGAAAGUUUCUCAAAUAGAACAUUUCUAUAAGCCUGAUGUAAAUGCUGAAAGUUGGAGAUGUAACUCAGCCAUAAUGUAUACUGAUAAGAUUACCUGUGAAAAUAAUGAGUAUGACAAAGCCUUCUACCAGUCCAUGCAGCCUGUUCACCCUGCAAGUGUACAAACUGGAGAUAAUCUUUUAAAAUGUACUGAUGCUGUUAAAUCUUUCAAUCACAUACUGCAUUUUGGUGAUCAUAUGGGAAUGCAUACAGGAGAAAAACUCUAUGAAUAUAAGGAAUGCCAUCAAAUCUUUAACCAGAGCCCAUCAUUUAGUGAACAUCCAGGAAUUCAUAUUGGAGGAAACCAGUAUGAUUACAAAGAAUAUGAAAACAUCUUUUAUUUUUCAUCCUUUAUGGAACAUCAAAAAAUUGGUACUGUAGAGAAAGCAUAUAAAUACAACGAAUGGGAGAAAGUCUUUGGGUAUGACUCCUUCCUUACACAACAUACAAGUACUUACGCUACAGAGAAACCUUAUGAAUAUAAUGAAUGUGGAACAUCUUUCAUCUGGAGUUCUUACCUUAUCCAACAUAAGAAAACUCAUACUGGAGAGAAACCCUAUGAAUGUGAUAAAUGUGGAAAGGUUUUUAGGAAUCGUUCAGCCCUUACUAAACAUGAACGGACUCACACUGGAAUAAAACCUUAUGAAUGUAAUAAAUGUGGAAAAGCCUUCAGCUGGAAUUCUCAUCUUAUUGUACAUAAGAGAAUUCAUACAGGAGAGAAACCUUAUGUAUGUAAUGAAUGUGGGAAGUCUUUCAACUGGAACUCCCAUCUUAUUGGACAUCAGAGAACUCAUACUGGAGAGAAGCCUUUUGAAUGUACUGAAUGUGGGAAAUCUUUCAGCUGGAGCUCCCAUCUUAUUGCCCAUAUGAGAAUGCAUACUGGAGAGAAGCCCUUUAAAUGUGAUGAAUGUGAAAAAGCAUUUAGGGAUUACUCAGCCCUUAGUAAACAUGAAAGAACUCACUCUGGAGCAAAACCAUAUAAAUGUACUGAAUGUGGAAAAUCCUUCAGCUGGAGCUCCCACCUUAUUGCCCAUCAGAGAACUCACACGGGAGAGAAACCCUAUAACUGUCAGGAAUGUGGCAAAGCAUUCAGAGAACGUUCAGCCCUCACUAAACAUGAAAUAAUUCAUUCUGGGAUUAAGCCCUAUGAAUGUAAUAAAUGUGGAAAAUCCUGUAGCCAAAUGGCUCACCUUGUUAGACAUCAAAGAACUCAUACUGGAGAAAAGCCCUAUGAAUGCAAUAAAUGUGGAAAAUCCUUCAGCCAGAGCUGUCACCUUGUUGCUCAUCGGAGAAUCCACACUGGUGAGAAACCCUACAAAUGUAAUCAAUGUGAAAGAUCCUUUAACUGUAGCUCUCAUCUUAUUGCUCACCGGAGAACUCAUACUGGAGAGAAACCAUAUAGAUGUAAUGAGUGUGGAAAAGCAUUUAAUGAGAGUUCUUCCCUUAUUGUACAUCUGAGAAACCAUACUGGAGAAAAACCGUACAAAUGUAAUCAUUGUGAGAAAGCUUUCUGUAAGAAUUCAUCUCUUAUUAUUCAUCAGAGAAUGCAUAGUGGAGAGAAACGCUUUAUAUGCAACAACUGCGGAAAAGCCUUUAGUGGUCACUCAACCCUUCUCCAACAUCAGAGAAUUCAUAGUGAAGAGAAACUCUGUGAAUUGAAUUGAUGAGGUUUUUAUUUUAUUGUACACUUGAUAACACACUGAAAAAACCCUAUAAGUAUAAUCAAGUGGGGAAAUUUUAAUAAGAGUUUAGUAAGACUUCUCCCCCUAUUAACCAGUAGAAAUUAUCUUUGUAGAAGAAACCUGUGAAUGAAAAGAAUAAGUAAAAGCCUUCCACAGUUAUGUAGCCCUUGUUUAAAAUCAAAUAAGUACAGUGAAGAGAACUCCAGACUCCCCUCAUGGUUCACGAGGAAUCCUACUUGAGCAACAUGAACAUAGGGAAUGAAACGUCUUUUAGUAAGAGAUCUCUACUGUUUGUGGCUCAGAGUGCAUUGUUAUGGGAAAAACUAUCCUAGAAAAGUAUUUUCAACUGGAAAUACACUCUUUUGCAUCAAGCUGGAGUAUUGAAUGGAAGCUUUACAAUAACAUUUGUGCAUCAUUAUGGAAACACAAAUUGUGCUAUUGUAAGAGGAGGGUCCGGGUGCCCUUUAAGAAUAGAAUAUGGAAUACUAAACCUGAAUUUAAGAAAAAAAAAUAGUAUUGAAUGGGAUAUUUACUUUAAUCAGGAUUAGCCUUAGAGUAGUAAAUGAGAUUACUAAUGAUGGAAAGGUUAUUGCGCGGAAGUAUGAGACUGAUGUUCUUGGAACAAAAGGUGAUACUUAAUAACCCAGUGUGUCAGUGUCCAUGGUUUACUCAUUACUGCAGUUGGACAAUUAGUUUGUAAUCUGUUUUAGGCCAUCACGUAAGUUAUAAUUAUGGACACUGAGUCAGAACGCAUAGCAUAAAGGAAUAAAAAGGACAUAGAACUGUAUGUAUAUAUCCACUAGAACAUCUGAAAAGUGUAUUUGCAUAAGGACUCGAAAUACUCAUGGGUAAAUUAACCUAAUUAAGAUUUUAAGUUUUACAAACACAUACAGCACUUACCAUGUACUAGACUUUUUUAAAAAUGCUUUUCAGAUAUUAACUUAUUCAAUCCCCUUAAUUCUAUAAGAUAGGAACUAUUAUUAUCUCAAUUUUACAAGUGGGGAAACUGAGGCAGAGAUCAUAAGAAACCUACCUAAGGACACACAACUAGUUAGGAGUAGAGAGAUUGACUCCAGAGUUCAUGUUUAUAACCACUGUGUUAUGCUGCCUCUGCAGUGAUUUUUUUUUCCCCUUAAUGUGUUUUUAAAAAUUUUCUUCACUGUUUUUAUAGUAGAUAUUUGAUAAUAAAAAUCAAAUUCCUAAACAAUGAGAAAUAAAGUUACCUGGCUCUUUGCCUGUGGAAUUUCUGGUAAUAUGAGAGCAAAGCUCCCUUUGAAAUAUGAAGUCUGGAUUGGACAUUGAAAAUCACUGCAUUUUCUGGGUUCUGGUUUCCCAAGAAUUUCACCACCUCCAUCCCUGAAGAUUAUAGUCAACCAGGGGCUGGAGGACUCGCUGGAGGUUUGGGCAAGUCAGAGGAAUGCCCCUUGGUGGGUUUAGAAUUACCCUUCAUGAGGCAGAGGACAAGAAACACCUCUGCACAGGAGAUCCCCGUUUCUCAAGGUCUCCCUGGGAUGCAGUGUUUCCUUAUCUUCUCUAGAUGAAAAGAUUGCUUGAUAGUAGGGAGGACUCAGAAGGGAAGAGAUACCAUCAAUCAUCUCAGAAAGUGAGGCAGUUUCUCUUGAGUGCUCAGAGUGGAAAGGGGGGGUAAGAUGAAUAGGAGGACUUGGAUGGAGGACUUUCUUUGGUUCACAAAUAUUUCCUGUGUUUCCCUAAAGUUGGGCUAUAAUUUGGGACCAACAAUCCUUCCUGGAUAGGUUUCAAGGUUAUUGGUUAGAAAUCCAGGGUACAGAAGGCUCAUCUAGUUCUCUAGGGGUCCAUGACGCUCCAGGGGGUGAGAAGCAGUCGCCUGCCGGUAUUGUGGGAUGCUGUGUUCACUCUCUGAUACCUGUAGCUGGUACUUAUAUAGGUGUGUAACAUCUGAUCCCUACCUUAAUGUAUAGUUAACCCAAUAAAUGUUGCAGGGGUAAAUUAA